UUUCACAAUGAAAAAUAUGGUAUUUAAAUGAUAGACAAGGAAUAAGAAGUUUAAAAGUUCAAAAAAAAAUUUCAGGAAUCUAAAAGAAAUCCCGAAAAAUCCCAAAUAAUCCCAAAUAAUCUCAAAUAAUCCCAAAUAAUCCCAAAUAAUCUCAAAUAAUCCCAAAUAAUCCCAAAUAAUCUCAAAUAAUCCCAAAUAAUCCCAAAUAAUCUCAAAUAAUCCCAAAUAAUCCCAAAUAAUCCCAAAUAAUCCCAAAUAAUCUCAAAUAAUCUCAAAUAAUCCCAAAUAAUUCCAAAUAAUCCCAAAUAAUCCCAAAAAAUCUUUUUUGGAUUUUAGAAUCUGUAAAAUCCCAAAUCCGCUUUUCCCCCCUUGUGUUAUUAUCAGUACUUUGUUGGACCAAAAAAGUUUCGGUCUAUCAAUAAAAACCUUGUCAAUUUUGUCUAUCGUUUUUUUUCCGACACAAGAGAAGUUUGCUCAUUGGUCUAAAAAUCCUGGUUACGCCGCUGAUCGAUAGGUGAUUUUUAAUACUAGAAAAGAUCAAUUUUGGUUCCUUUCUCUUUGCCUCAACUUGCUCCAGUAAAAUUCAUACAUAAAUAUAUCUCAAUUUAUCGGAGCAACAUCGUUUGUAUAUACUUUACCAUUAGUUGACUUUUGUCUGGCUUAUUAGAUGCGAAUUAUUUUUGUAAUACGUGCUCUAAAUUACCACUCUGAUUGACUCAAAAUCGAUGUAAUCUAAUCAAGUUCACUUCUUCAGCUGUUUGAAAGAUCUUCUUUUAGACUUUUUUCUGAGAUCUAUCUACAGAAACGGAUUUUGAAUCAAUUUGGCUUGUGUUAGUAUUUGAUCGAGUUUAACAUUCGAAUGGAUAGUACAAAAUAUAAUUACAGUAUUCGUUUUCUUCUCACAUAGUGAUUGUUCUCUAAUAGGAAAAGAAAUAAUUCUUGCUAAAUCUCAAUCAAGACUCACAGAAACACUAGUCUUUGUUGUUAGGUUAUUUACUUUGGGACUCUACCAAAAUAACAGUAGCCGGCUAUGAUAAUGGAACAAGAGCUUCGACUCCAGUUGGCCUAGAUCAUCCCAGAGGAAUUUUCAUUGAUGAAAACGAUAAUUUAUAUAUUGCCGAUAACUUUAAUAACAGGGUUCAAGUAUGGCAUCCAAAUGCUACAGUUGGGACAACUGUUGCUGGUGAUCCAAAUGGUGUCGCCGGAUGGACAAACGGUAAGAUGUAUUACCCAACGUUUGUUUAUGUAGAUUCUUCAGUGAACAUGUAUAUUAUUGAUAAUGGAAAUUCACGUGUUUUGCUUUGGUCUCCGGGCACCUCCGUUGGCACAACGAUUGCCGGUACUACUGGUAUCAAUGUCAAUUCAACAAGUUCAUUUGGUCAAGCAUGGACUAUGGCUGUCGAUACUUCAAAUAGUAGAAUUUACUUAGCCGAUCUAUGGUAUAAUCGAAUUAUGGUUUGGCCAUUUUUUGCCAAUGACAGCUCCUAUAUCAUUCCACUAUCGGAUAUUGUAGGCGUAACAAUUGAUAUAGGAGGAAAUGUGUAUGCGACAACUCAUCAUUUGAAUACGGUGACUCGUUUUCCAGCUGGAUCAACCAGUGGCACAGUGAUUAUAUCGUCAGGACUUUCACUUCCUUGGGCACUUCGAUUUGAUCAGUAUGGUAAUUUAUAUGUCGCCAAUACCGGUAGUGGUACUAUUGUUAUGUUCUGUGCUGGUUUCGCUGCAAAUUCUACUGGUAGCAUAGUCGUAAGUGGACUCAAUCAACCAGUUGAUAUUGCUUUCGACUCUCAAAUGAAUAUGUACGUUUGCGAAUAUGGAAAUCAUCGAGUAGUUAAACUGGCCAAAUUGCCUUGA